AUGAAACUGCUGCUACAGGAAAUUGCUGUAAAAAAUGAGAACAUUGAUCGAUUUGAUGAGGUCAUACAAAAUAAAGAGAAUAAGCUGGUCGAAACACAGAUAAAAUAUGAUCAAGUGCAAAUAAAGCUCGCCGUGGCGGAGACUGCGCUGAGGGAGAAGGAACUCCAACUAGUGCAACAGCAGGAUUUGUGCAACUCCCAUAGAAACAACAGCAAUGUGAAGGAUGAGCUAUUAAAGGCCUACAAGCUACAAGUUCAGGAUAAAACCAUCCGCAUUGAGCAGCUGCUAAAAGAUUCCAAAGAACAGGCCGAACUGCUCGACAGCUGCAAAUUGCAGGCCAAGACAAAGGAAGCUCAAAUAGAGCAGCUGCAGGAAGUGGCUCAAACGAAUCAGCUAAUACAAUUGGCAGCAGCUAAGAACAUGACUCGGAAGGAGGAGCUAAUCCAGCAGCUGCUGUCCGAUGCGAAGGAAGCCAAGGAACAGCUCGAGAGUUACAAAUCCCAAAUCAAAAGCAAAGAUGAGCAGUUGGAGAAGCUGCAUGCGGAAAUACACUGGAAUAACGUAAAAGUCCAGGAGCUGGAAAACAAUCUGAAGAAUAAGGAUCAACAAAUUGCCGAGCUGCAUGCGGAAGUCAAAAGAAUUUUGGAUCAACGAAGUGCACUUGGAUCGCAAGUCGAUGCGAACGAGAUGCAAAUCGAACAAAAGCAAUCGGAAAUCAAGAAUUUACAAUCGGAACUGCAUGAGGUGCAGGCAGAGCUAUCGGAGUACAGGAUCCACAUCGAUAGGCUGCAAUCGACAAAUUGUCAUUGGUUUGGCAACUCCUCCGAUAUACACAAGAUACGAGCACCUGGCAUCGAUCCCUUUGAGGUGCUCUGCGAUUCUCGACUGGCCGGGCCAGGCUGGACCGUAAUACAGCGUCGCAUUGAUGGUAGCGAGAACUUUUAUCGGAACUGGAGCGAUUAUCGCGCAGGCCCAGGAGCUGUACGUCCAUCUGGAGACCUUCGAUAA